UUGCGUAGGGCUAAGGGAUGCUUCCGGGAAACACUGCGCAUGCGCAGUAUAUGCCGGCAGCAGCUGUCCGUGGCUUGGAGGGGUAGAAGAGCGCAGGAUAGCAGGAGCAAUGGAGAACACGGAUACCGGUAAUGAUGAGGAAGUUCAAACCAAUCUGGUUGGUACAAACGAAGGUGAUUCUGCUGCGAUUACUGGGCUGAACCAAGACCCAGCUCAAGAUGAACAGGAGGAAAUACUCUUUAACGAAGAAACCAUUGACCUUGACGCGGAUACGUUUGGGUCUGAAGAAAACGUCACCCUCUCCGAAGAUUCUGGAAACCUGCUGGAUAAGCUGAACGAGCAAAUGAUGGAAAGCGUUAUCAUUUCCGAUUCUCCCAACGUUAGUGAAGAUGAUGCAGGAGAUCUGGGUUGCCUGCAGGAUAUUGUUGAUGAAAUUGAAAGCAACGAUGCUGCAGGACAAGAUGCAGAUAAGCCAUUCAAUAUAAGUUCUAAUGUAGAGAGCAGCUCCGAGCACGAUGUCACCCCCGAAAGGUCUACUUCCGAGGAACUGCCCGCUGGGAAUACUCUUCCCAGUAUUCCCAGUACUCCUGACGGAACGGAUCCAGAACCUGACAAAAUUAAGACAAAUAAACCAACAGCCAGCAGCCCUCAUGAGGAAGAAUUAGUUACUCCACCUAGUAAACCGCCCCGAGCAGAUGAGAGCAUCCCUGUUUGUACAAUAUUUAGUAAAAUGGAUACACAACAACCUUUUCUAUUCAGUGAUGGUUUUGAACCUCAAAUGGUCAAAUCACCUAGUUUUGGGACUGAAAUUAAAAGUGUUGUGAAGACUGGUGCUCAGGUGGUUCAGCCCAGUCCAAGUCUAAGCAACUUUUUCUCCGAGAACGUCAUCACCCAUUCGCCGGCCUCCGAGUUCUUUGAUUCCUUCACAACGCCUUCCUCGUUUAUCUCCGUCAGCAAUCCGAACGCAGCUCCAGAACGUAGCCCCGCAUCGGGUACCUCACAAACAGUAGCUCCCCAUGACCCAUCUCCUGUACCAUUCUUUGUGGGGGACAAGACGCUUGACUCUAGUGGGUCACCAACUUCUGCAGAGAUACCCCAAUCUCCCAAACCGUUCUCUCAGAUUCACAGCGUGUUUGCCGGGAGCGAUGACCCUUUUGCCACAGCCCUAAACAUGAGUGAAAUGGACAGGAGGAAUGAUGCAUGGCUGCCUUCAGAAGACACCAGAAACAUUCUCAUUUCUGUAGCCACACAGCAGUAUAGCACAGUGUUUAUUGAAAAGGAAAAGCUCACCAUGCCUGGUUUAAAGUUUGACAAUAUUCAGGGGGAUGCGGUUCGAGAUCUAAUGCUUCGUUUCUUGGGAGAGCAGGCAGCAAUGAAGAGACAAGUCCUAACAGCCAACUCGGUAGAGCAAACCUUUGUGGGAUUGAAGCAGCUCAUUAGCAGCAAGAACUGGAGGGCGGCAGUUGACCUGAGUGGGAGGCUCUUGACCGCCCAUGGACAAGGGUAUGGCAAGAGUGGUCAACCAACAAACCACAGCACAGAUUCUCUGCAGCUGUGGUUCGUGAGGCUGUCAUUACUGGUGAAACUGGGACUCUUCCAGAAUGCGGAAAUGGAAUUUGAGCCAUUUAGAAAGCUCGAUCAGCCCGACCUGUACUACGAAUAUUACCCUCACGUAUAUCCUGGACGCAGAGGUUCAAUGGUUCCAUUUUCCAUGAGGGUUUUGCACGCCGAGCUCCACCAAUACCUCGGGAAUCCUCAGGAGUCUUUAGACAGACUGCACCAUAUGAAAAUGAUUUGCCAACAGAUAUUAGACAAUUUGGAGAAGGGCCUGGCAGAAGAUGGAAGCAUGAUCACCAUGAGUCAGAGUAACCAGAACGCCUCUGUUCAGCUGUGGAGGUCACGUCUGGGCCGGGUGAUGUACUCCAUGGCAAACUGUCUGCUAAUGAUGAAGGACUACGUUCUGGCUGUGGACACGUAUCACACGGUCAUAAAGUAUUACCCAGAGCAGGAGCCUCAACUGCUGAGUGGCGUUGGGAGGAUUUUUCUUCAGAUUGGAGACAUAAAGACUGCAGAAAAAUAUUUCCAAGAUGCAGAAAAAGCGAUUGAUGAUUUGGGAACACAGAACGAACCUCCUAACAAAAUGUUGCUUUUGAUGAACAGGGCUUUUCUUCAUCUUGGCCAAAAUAAUUUUGCAGAAGCUCACAAGUCCUUUACAGAAGUCUUGGCUAUAGAUCCCACAAAUGCCGUGGCGAAUAACAAUGCUGCAGUUUGCCUGCUUUAUUUGGGCAAAUUAAAGGAUUCCCUUCGACAUUUGGAAGGAUUGGUUCAGCAGGAUCCCAAACACUAUCUCCACGAGAGCGUUCUUUUCAACUUGACAACUAUGUAUGAGCUGGAGUCAUCUCGGAGUAUGCAGAAGAAACAAGCUCUGCUGGAGGCAGUAGCUGUCAAAGAAGGUGACAGCUUUAACACUCAGUGUCUGAAGCUGGUAUAAUUCUCUUACUGCUAAUUUCUCUGCUAGUGACAGACUCUAAAAACUCUGUAUAUAUUUAAGCUUUAGAUGUAAAUGCUCUUUGGAGAUUCCAUCAGAUUUUGGUCAGUCAAUAAACACAUAUCCUUCGAAAA